AUGGGCUCGCCGACCAGGGCCGCCGUGUUGUUGGUGGCGAUCCUGCUGUGCGCGACUGCAUGGCACGCUGUGGCCAAAGACGGCCAGGAUGACACCGUCUCUGGCGGCGGCGGCACAAAUGGUACCAUCGCCACUGGCGGCAAGAACACUACGGACGACAAAGGCACCACCGGCAAGAAUGAGACCGUCGGCGGCGGCACCAACGCGACAGACGACAAAGGCACCGGCGGCGGCGGCAAGGACGACCCUACCACUACCGGCAAGAACGGCACGGACGACAAAGGCACUGGCGGCGGCGGCAAGGACGACUCCGGCGGUGCCUUCGAUGACAAGGGCGGCGGCAAGGACGACGGCAGCUUCAGCGGCGGCGGUCGCGACGACGGCAACGGCUGCGAGAAGGGCGGGGUGGAUUGCAACCGCGGCGUCACCUUUGUCGACGUCUCGGCGUGCGGUCAGCUGCUGGCCAAGCUCCAGAUCGCACAGACUGGCGCCGCGACCACGGUGUUCUGCCCCCUCAACACCGGCCUGACGAAGCUGGCCAGGCACUUCAACUUUGCCAGCGUCGACGCCCUCAUUGCCGGCCUCGACUCAUACCCCAACAAGGCCGAGGUCGCGCGGGUCAUGCAGUUCCACGUGGUCGACCCCCGCAAGGUGUACACCAAGGCCGGCUUCGUGGCCGCCACCGGCGGCCUCUCCCUCACCACGCUGCUGACCGCGUCCGACGCCACCAAAAAGCUCACAGUCACCCAGCAGACGACCAGCAAGGGCAAGCUCAGGAUCAAGGUCGCCGGCGCCGGGCGGGACGAGGACGUGCUCUCUUUCGACCUGACGUUUGGGGGCAUCUACGCGGGCGCGACCACCGGCUUCAUCGUGCACGCGAUCGAGGAGAGCCUGCUGCGCCCCAACUGCACCGGCUGCGGCGGCGGCGGCAACGGCAGCGGCAACAGCAGCAGCAGCAGCGGAAUCGAGGACAAGCCGGACGGGGAGUAUGACAAGCCCAGCGGCAAGCCGGUGACAGCCGCUGAUGUGGCGGACUGCAAGAGGCUGCUGGAGGCCGCCAGCAUCUCUUACGAGGGGUCCACUGUGUUCUGCCCCACGAACAAGGUCAUCGCGCACCUGGCAAAGGCCGUCGGCCUUAAGACGACCCAGGCCCUGCUGGAUGAUAUGGCCAAGGGCCCCGCCAGCUUCUACCUGAAAUGGGUGGCAAAGGUGCGCGCCCGUGGCGGGCGGCGCGGGCCGAACAGCGGCAGCGGCGCGUCAGUCCUGAGGUUCCACGUGGCCGUGGGCGUGUACCCUCAGUACUCGCUGCCCACGGGCACCAUGGAGCCGCUCAACACGCUGCAGACGCCGGACGACCCCUCGGCCGUCAUCAAGCUGUUCAAGGGCAAGAGCAUCCUCUUCCCCUUCAAGCUCGUCGUCUACGUCAAAAACCCCGUGGCCAGCGAGCAGGCCAAGGUGACGCGCUUCAACCUCACAUUCGCCGGCGAUUACGACGGCAGCACCAGCUACGUCGUGCACGCGCUCAACACGCCGCUGCUGCUGCCGCCGGGCACGUUCUCCACGUUUGACAAGUUUUUGUUCAGCCUGAGGACGACCACGUUCUACAGCGCGCGCUACUUCCGGCCAUUCAUCAAGAAGGCCCUCAAGGGCAACACCGCCGCCACGCUCUUCCUGCCGCUGGACUCGGCCUGGACGGCGCUGGGCGAAAGGAUCCCCCUCCUGCCCUGGUCCCGCGACAUCUUCAUAGACUCGAUCGAGUCUAGCAAGCAGCUCAGGGAGACGCUCGCCAAGUACCACUAUGUCGAGGGCCCCGUCACCAGCGGCAAGGUCGUCACCCGCCUCGGGCAGCAGAUCACCGUUGACUCGCCCGCCGUCGGGAAGGUCACGGGAGCCCUGAACCCCCUCAACGUCGCCACCCUCAAGGCGACCUACACUGUCGGCUACCUGACCAUUUUUGUGAUCGACGGCUUCCCCCUCCUGCCUGUUAUUCUCUGA